AUGGGGUUCAACCUCUUUCACAUCCUCGGCGACGUCUCGCAUACGUCAUCGAAGCUGAUACUGAUAUGGGCGAUACACUCCAACAGCAGUGCUGAGGGUGUAUCCCUCAUCACCCAGGUCCUCUACGCGCUCGUCUUCGGCACGCGAUAUCUCGAUAUCUUCAGCUCUUCCAUCACCAAAGAUGGGUGGCAUACGUGGAACUUCUCACUGAAGAUAUUCUACACGCUAUCAUCGCUAUACAUCAUCUUCUUGAUGACAAGUGUAUACGCGCGGACAAGGGAGCGAGAGAAGGCAUGGAAGUUUGGCAUGUACUGUCUGUUAGGCAGCAUCGUCAUCACCCCAUUCUGGUACCUUAUGUUUAGGGAUCACGUUCUCGGGCACAGCACCUUUAUGAAGAUUCUCUGGGUCUUUUCCGAAAUCCUCGAAUCUGUCUGCGUAAUCCCGCAACUGCUCCUCCUCCGCCAGACCACCGUACCCACCGUCAUCGACUCCUACUACCUAGUCACACUAGGUACAUACCGCGCCCUAUAUGUUCUCAACUGGAUCAUGCGUGGCGUCAAGGAAGACGACUAUCUCGACCCUACAUCGUGGGUCUGGGGCUCCAUACAGACGGCACUCAUGAUCGACUUCGCAUGGGUAUACUACACGCGUCAGCGCGUGAAGCUCCGACACGGCGGCGUGGUAGACUCGGAUGAUCUCGGUCGUGGAUGGAUCGUGAGUCGAUUCGUGGGCCGGAAGAGCAUGGACUUCGACUACGACGAGGAAACCGCUGGACAGCGCAACGAUACCACACAACCGAAGAACAAGUGGGGUCGGAGGGGCAUCUCCGUCUCUGCCGAUGAAGGGGUAGAAGGUGCGCCGAAGAGAAGCAGUCCAGAGGGAAGGAACGUCGAUCCGGAGAGUCAGCCACUAGCCGAUCCAGCUGCAUUCGAGGACGAGAGCGACGACGAUGCGCCACCGCCUGGUGCUACUUCAGUGGCCGAACAGAGUGGCGUCAGGAGGGAUGAAUGGGACGACGAUUUGGAUGAUGACGCUAGUGAGCAUGACGCCACGUCCAAGGCGGUCAAAUGA